UUGCGUGUUACUUUCGUGCAAGCGUCGGUCCGGCAUGUGCCCGAACAAGAGAGAACAAAUACUUUUAGAAUAAUAAUUAAGGUAGCUUUUAUAACUAUGAACAGCUGAAUAGACUGUAAGAACAAAUCAAGAUGCCAGGGAUUAAAAGAAGAAGUUCCCAAGCGCCGGUCACAGAUAAACCUCCAAAACUAAAGAAGCAAAGCACAAGCACUACCGUACAAAAUGCUAAAGGGAAAAUGGAGAAGAAAAAGAAGAAUACAACUGAAGUAGAUUCAUUAGACUUGCCACCAACACUAGAGAAAAUAUCCUGUACAGACUCACCUAGGAAGAAGGCCUCGCCGGGAAAAAAGUCACCAGAAAAGAAGUAUAAAAUGCCCAGAUUUCCAACAUUAAAACCUACUGAACCAGCAUCAGAUGAUGUUGAUUUCUCGUUUUCUGUCCCUUCUUUUUAUUCUAAAUCUUCACCUUCAACCAAUUUUACUAAACUGAAAAAGGAUCCCACCAUAAAAUUAAGUGAAAAAGAAACCAGUAAAUCAGAGAGUGAGAAGGAAAUACCUCAGGCUCUGGCUUCAGAGGUGACAGAAAUUCUCCCUCCAACACUUGAAAUUGAGGUAGACCCAAGCUGCACAAGAGCUUCAGAGAUAGAAAAGAAAAUGCAGAAACUCCCAUCUGGUUCAAUUGUUGGAAAAAUAACAAAUUUGGAAUUUGAUGAUUUAAUUUUGCCAUCUGAUGCUUCAAAUGUAAUUUAUGAAUUUUCUGAUGAAAGCUCUUCUCAAACAUAUGGGGCUUCCAAAAUCACGACUGGGAGUCUACAGCCAAGAGCUUCUGCGUUUGAAGUUGCUGAAUAUUUAACUUCAUUAGACACACCAGAUAAUGAUGAAAAGACUGACCCGCCAUUAACAAGAAUUGAAGAGGGUCCAGAGGAACAUGCUGAGAAUGAAAAAAGUGAUGCAAUUCAAGAAACUGAUGAAAGUGUAGAUAAAGACAAUGAAGAAGAAAAGUCAGAAAAUCAAACAGAAAGCAAACCAGAGUCUAGCACAAAUGGAGGCUCAUCACCAAUGAAAACUCCUAGAAAAGUCCCAGGAGGACUGAGGGAAAUAGUCUUCUCUUUUGAUACGACAGGAUCUAUGUAUAGCUACAUGGAGGAGGCAGGGGAGAGAAUUCGGGAUCUAGUCAAUCGAUUACAGACAGACAUGCCAGGCAUACGUCUCGCUUUUAUGGCACAUGGUGACUAUUAUGACCUAAGUCAUGACAGGUAUCUUAUCAAAUGGAUAGACUUUGGUGCCAGUAUUGAAGAAGUGGUGAAAUUCUUUGAGAACUUAUCCAUCACGCAUGGUGGGGAUGAUGAUGAGUGUUAUGAACUAGUUUUAAGGAAGACUCAUGAGGCAUUGUCAUGGACACCAGGAAGUCAAAGAAGUCUGGUGGUCAUAGGAGAUUCUGAUCCCCAUGAACCGGGCUAUAAAUAUGAGCAGUUUGUCAAUGACAUUGACUGGAGGAAGGAGGCAGCCCUUCUGAAGGAAAUGGGGGUGAGGAUAUAUGGUCUACAGGUAGGAUACAGGUCUGACUUCUACAAACAGAUCUCAAAAAUAACAGGAGGUGCUCAUCUGCGUAUAGACAAUGCCAGUUUUACAUACGACACUCUUAUGUCCAUAUGUUUACGAGAAGGCAGCUUAAAGUUACUAAAGAGUUACGAAAAUGAAGUACGGAAAGCUAAGAAGAAUUCAGAGGGGGGAGGUGUGUUAGAUUUAGAACUUGAAAGGUUAUUUAGUUCACUUAAAAGUGUAGAGGACAACAAAUCAACUAAAACAAUGCUCAAGGAACAAAAACUAGCCCAAAAAGAGGAAAAGAAGGCAAAAAGAGCUCUAGAGUUGGAGGCUAAACUAGAAAAGGGUGAUGAUGGGCCACCUGCAAAAAAAACAAAGACUGACAAGAAAUCCCCCCUCAAAAUUUCUAACAAGUUAAAGAAUUCUCCAUCUGCUAAAAUUUUGUCCAAAGCAAAGAAAACUCUAGCUAAGACUUCACCUUUAAACAAAGGGACAAAGAUGAAAAAGGAUGAAAAGGUGCCAGGAAAGGAAGAUGGUAUGAAAAGAGAACUUUUGAAAUCCAAGUCAAAAGAGAAAGUGAAAGUGAAAAAGCCAGCCGAAAAGGAUACUAACCCCUCUAAGACCUCACCAAAGACUGCUAAGAAAACUGUGAAAGCAGAAAGUGAUAAAAGUGUAAAGAAAAUGCAGAAGGAUGGAGAGAAGAAAAAGUCUGGUAGACCUUCAAAAAAUCCAACCAAAACACAGAAAAAUAGUGAGAAGAAAAAAGCUGGCAGACCAGCUGGCAAGCCAACACCCACUAAAGAGACAAAACCAGAAACCAAAGAAAAAGCUAACAGAGUAAAAGAAGAGAAAGUGAUAAAAAUCAAAGCUAAAGGACAACAAGACAAAAAAAAGAAGCCAGUGCAAUCCCCCAAAACACUGAAAUCUUCACCAGCAGCUAAAAAAUCAUCAGGGAAAAUCAACAAAACCAAGGUACCACCAAAAGUGAACAGCAAAAAGGCAGAUCUCAUUAAAAAAGCAGUAAAAGACACUCAAAAGACCGAGAAAAAAGUCGCCAAGAAACAGGAAAAAGAGACAAAGGUGUCAAAGAAAACUGAGAAAUCCAAAACUCCAGAGAAAACCAAAGUGAAAAGUGAGAGGAAAGAAAGUCCGAAGAAGGUGACACCGAAGACACAGAAAGCAUCACCAAAGGUUUCCAAACCUGUAAAGAAGUUACCACGGGAGUCUGCACCUGUAACAAAAUUUGUAAUGGGACCACUUAGUGUGUUGUCUUGGGACAACUGGCUGCCGUUGAUCAGCCACACCAAACCUGAUGUGAAGAGUGAAGACUGGAAAAAGAAGUCCAGCAUAUGUCCAGGGUUCUGUAAUGAUAAAGUAUACAGUAAUGAAACUUCACAGGCUGUUUAUGAAAUCGCUGUGUCCCCGCCAGAAAGCACCAAGCGGUACCCAGUUUUUUACGCCAUUGAUGCAUUAUGGAGCUGUUUCUCUUCCCCCCAUGUGAAAAAGGAAGUAGAACGAGUAAUAAAGGCCAAGGGAUCUAUCAGUGUACGUAAGGGGUCAUUGGGUAAACCCAAUGAUGUCGUGUUCCAGAAAGCUGUGGAUUUUAUGAAGAUGAACUUUGAUUAUGCAUGGGAUGGACGAAGUGAGGAUGUGAAGAAAGAUGGAUUCAUUAUAGCUAAAGCAAAAUAACCUGAAUCGAUCGGUUUUUAGUACGGGAUUAAAAUGGCAACUGUUUUGGAGGACCCGUCUCUAGAGCGGCAUUUCAAAGGACACAGGGACACAGUAUGCAGUUUGGAUUUCAACCCAAACAUGAAGCAGCUUGCUUCUGUGUCUAUGGACUCCUGUCUUAUGGUGUGGAACUUCAAACCUCAGAUGAGAGCCUACAGAUUUGUGGGACACAAGGAUGCUGUAAUGGAUGUCAAGUUCUCACCCUCUGGACAUUUAGUGGCAUCAGCUUCUAGGGACAAAACCGUUCGCUUGUGGAUUCCCACUGUAAAAGGCGAGUCUACUGUAUUUAAGGCACAUACCGCCACUGUCAGAAGUGUGGACUUUACGUAUGAUGGACAGACUUUAGUAACAGCAUCUGAUGACAAAACUAUUAAGUUGUGGACGUGUCAUAGACAAAAAUUCCUGUAUUCUUUAAACCAACACAGUAACUGGGUCCGAAGUGCUAAGUUUUCUCCAGAUGGUCGUUUAAUCGUAUCUGGAAGUGAUGAUAAAACAGUCAAAAUCUGGGACAGAAACAGCAAAGAGUGCAUUCACACUUUCUAUGAACAUGGAGGGUUUGUAAACCAAGUAGAAUUUCAUCCCAGUGGGACAUGCAUUGCAUCAGCUGGAACAGACAGCACAGUCAAAGUGUGGGAUAUCAGAAUGAACAAACUCUUACAACAUUACACAGCACACAGUGCCGCUGUAAACAGCCUCUCGUUCCAUGCGAGUGGUAACUACCUGAUAUCGGGGUCUGAUGACUCCACACUGAAGGUGUUUGACCUACUGGAGGGUAGAUUGUUCUAUACACUACAUGGACACCAGGGUCCAUGCACAGCAGUGGUCUUUUCCAAGUCUGGUGAAUAUUUCGCAUCCGGAGGAUCAGAUGAGCAAGUGCUUGUCUGGAAGACAAAUUUUGAUCAACUGGAUUUUUCUGAAGUUCUCCAGUCUCACAAAAAUAAACAAGAGGAGACAACUCCAUGUGACCCCAGUGUAUCAGAUAUACCCCCACGAGUUGUCAAAAAACCUGCCAAACCAAAGUCACCAAGAGGGUAUGAUGCUAGAACAGAGCUUAAAAACAUGGACGAUGAAUCAGUUCCUGUAACAGAUGUAGGACCAGCUAUGUUUGCUCCUGAGCAGCAGAAUGGUGUAAGUUUUGACAUUGAUGUGAAUUCUGAACCUGAGCCAACAAUACGCACCACGAAAGACCGCCCAGCCACCACCCAGCAGCUGGAACCACAGGCUCUACCUCCGCAGCUCGCCAAAACCCUAGAGCAAAUUGUAGGACAGCUAGAUGUACUUACUCAGACUGUUUCGUUGUUGGAGCAGAGACUAACAAUGACAGAGAACAAAUUACGGGAAUGCAUAGACAAUCAGCAAAGAUUAACACUACAGAUUCGUCCAAUGGAUUGAUCUGUUUUGAUCAUCAUUCCUUUAGAUAUUUAACUGGGAAAAAAAACCUGUGAGUGGAAGGAACAUUUCUGAGAGGCAUUUACAAGAUGAACAAUUCUGACAAAGUAGGUUUACAGAUCAGUGCUUUGUGACAGUCCAUAAUUCAUUUGAUUUCCCAGUGCAGCUUCAGAAAGGAAAGGUGCCAUGCAGCUAACAGUCAGAAACAAAAAGAACACCUGGCAGUGUUAAAGACCAUUUUGGCCUGCUGAAUAAACUUCCUUUCAAAUUUUAAAAUAUUUUACUGUUUGAUUUUAUUUGUGUAGAUUAAGGAUUAUAUUAGCUGUUUGCUGUAACUCACCCUCUUCGCCUAUUUAUAGAAUGGUUUGAAAGUUAAUUCUUUUAAAGAAAUUAUUUAACAAACUUCAGCUAAAAAAAAAAAGUAGAAAUAUUUUGUUCAGAAAAAUGGCAAUGAAAAUCUCUGAGUCAAGAUGCAAAUCUGUUGUUAAGGGAGAACACAGAAUGUUCCUUGCAUUAUAUUCAUUUUAGAAAGGAAUCCGUCCAUGUCUGAAUCUCUUAUUUUUAAUCAAGAUUUGUUCUUCAAAGCAUGUGGUCUAAUAUCUUUAUUUUUAGCUUU